AUGACGACUGUGGAUAAAAUCAAAGAGAUCGAGGCCGAAAUGGCCCGUACUCAAAAGAACAAGGCAACGUCUCAACAUUUAGGUCAGCUCAAGGCCAAGCUGGCCAAGCUGAGACGUGAGCUGUUGACUCCUAGCUCUGCUGGCGGUGGCGGUCCUGUGGGUUUCGAUGUCGCCAAGACAGGAGUUGGACGCAUUGGAUUCGUGGGUUUCCCUUCAGUUGGAAAAUCAACAUUGAUGUCCAAAUUGACAGGAACACACUCUGAAGUGGCAGCAUACGAGUUCACAACGUUAACAACAGUGCCCGGUGUGGUUCAGUACAACGGAGCCAAACUCCAGAUUUUGGAUCUUCCUGGAAUUAUUGAGGGUGCCAAGGAUGGAAAGGGUCGUGGUCGUCAGGUCAUUGCGGUGGCUCGAACAUGCUCAUUGAUUUUCUUAGUGUUGGAUGUGUUGAAACCCUUGGGCGACAAGCGGAUUAUCGAAAAGGAAUUGGAAGGAUUUGGUAUCCGAUUGAAUCAAAAGCCUCCCAACAUUUACUUCAAGAAGAAGGACAAAGGAGGCAUUAGUAUGACCAAUACUGUACCCUUGACCCAUUUAGAUUUUGAUGAGGUCAAGGCAGUGUUGAGCGAGUACAGGAUCCAUAAUGCGGAUAUUUCAUUCAAAUGUGAUGCGACGAUCGAUGAACUGAUCGAUGUGAUUGAAGGCAAUCGCGUGUAUAUCCCCUGUAUUUAUGUUUUGAACAAGAUUGAUCAGAUUUCAAUCGAGGAGUUGGAGUUGGUCUGUAAGAUUCCACAUGCAGUCCCGAUCUGUGCACAUCACGAGUGGAACUUUGAUGAGUUGUUAUCCAAGGCUUGGGAAUAUUUGGAUCUGGCUCGAAUUUAUACUAAACCGAAAGGACAAUUGCCGGAUUAUUCUGCUCCUGUGGUAUUGCGACGAGAGACAGCAACGGUUGAAGGAUUCUGUAAUACUAUUCACAAGGCUAUUUUACGUGAAUUUAAAUAUGCUCUGGUCUGGGGAUCAUCAGCAAAGCAUAAUCCACAAAAGGUUGGAAAGGAGCAUGUUUUGGCAGACGAGGAUGUUGUGCAGAUUAUUAAGAAGGUCUAG